AUGUCCUUAGCCGUUUCCCUAGCCCAGGUAGGCGGCGUGCCAGCUGGAUGCGUGCAGCGGAAGGGCGUGUCUCUGGUCGCCAGCCGCGAGCGAGGCCAACCUAAUUCCGCCAAGUUCAGGCCGUGUUCCGCCGUUUACGAUGUCUCCAAUAGUCUCGCGAAGGCUACGGCUGUCAGACGACUAGGCGUCGCACAGCAAUGGCAAGGCCAAGCCAGGCACUCCCUGCGGAUGAGGCCCACCCGAGCGACUCGUCCCUCAACAGGCGUCGCGCACUUAACGCUUUCUCACACCCCUGCCGCGUGCCGCUGCAGCAGCAGCAGCACCAGGCUUACCUCCUCGUCCUCGUCCUCUUCCGCCCUUCAAUAUAGUCACCUCGGACAAAGAACUCGUGUGCAGCAGCAGCAGCAGCGGCAGCGCGAAGCUGUCGCUUCUUCCGAAUUUCUCGGCCGCACCUUGCGCACGCCCGUCGCUCGCUCGCUUCCCCGCGCCACUCCGCCUUCCGCCGACUCGCGCGCCGAUUUCCCCCGCAGCCCUGAUGGACCCUCCGCAGCCGGCGCGCGGUUCUCCCGCCGCUGCCGCCUGGCUGUGUCGCCGCGGUCGCAGUCGCAGGCGUCGCAGGGCCCCACCGAGCCGCAAGCCGUGACGUCCGCGUCGCCGCCGAUCCCGGCGGAUAUUCUGCCGGCGCUGGGGAACCUCGUGGAGAUUAUAGGGCGAAUGAAGGAGGAGGAGGGGAAGAAGGGACAAUACCUAGGAGACGACGCCGGCGCGGAGGGGGAAAUGGGGGAAGCGACGGGCGGGGAGGCGGAAGCGGAGCGGAUGACGAUGUCGGACGCGGAGCGCGCGGAGGUGGAAGCGCUGCUGGGCGAGCGGCUGCCGAGCCACCCGAAGGUGCACCGCGGCAUGCUCGAUAACGGGCUGCGAUACGUCAUCCUCCCCAACAAACUGCCGCCCAACAGGUUCGAGGCGCACCUAGAGAUGCACGUGGGGUCGGUGGACGAGAGGGAGGACGAGCAGGGCCUGGCGCACCUGAUCGAGCACGUCACCUUCCUGGGGUCGCGCAAGCGCGAGAAGCUGCUGGGCACGGGCGCGCGCUCCAACGCCUACACCGACUUCCACCACACCGUGUUUCACGUGCACGCGCCCGUCACCGUGCAGGGCUCGCAGGAGCCGAUGCUGCCGAUGGUGCUGGCGGCGCUGCACGAGAUCGCGUUCGCGCCCAAGUUCCUGCCGUCGCGCAUCGACAAGGAGAGGCGCGCCGUGCUGUCGGAGAUGCAGAUGAUGAACACCAUCGAGUACCGCGUUGACUGCCAGCUGCUGCACCACAUGCACUCGGAGAACCUGCUUAGCUGUCGCUUCCCGAUUGGCCAGGAGGAGCAGGUGAAGAAGUGGCCAGUGGAUCAGAUCCGAGCCUUCCACGACCGCUGGUACUUCCCGGCCAACGCCACGCUCUAUGUCGUGGGGGACCUCGCGUCUGUGUCCGAUAUUAUUCGACUCAUUGAGGAGCACUUUGGUCGCACGCCCCCAGGCAUGCACAUGCCGCCUCCCCCCAGCCCCACACCCACCAUCCCCGCCCACUCCCCCUCCGUCCACUCCCCCGCUCUCCCCCCUUCCAUCUCACACCACCACUCCUCCGCGCCCUCCCUCACCCCCGUCUCCGCCUCCUCCGCCCCCAGCCUCACUCCCCCCAUGCACCCCGCCACUUCCCCCACCAUGCCCGCCGUCCCCCCCAGCUCCGCGCUCGCCGCCCUGCACCCCCACUCCGCCGAGUCCCCCUCCCCCUCCGCCUCCCCCGCGACCAUCCCCGGUCCUGUGCGCAAGGAGAGGCAUGCUGUGCGCCCGCCUGUGCGCCACACGUGGGCGAGAGAACACCUGGAGGGGGAGAGCGCGGGGGGGAGUGCGGGGGAAGGCGCGGACGUAGUGGGAAGGCCGGGGGGAGAGGGGUUUUUGCCCCCGGCGGUGGUGCCGUCAGCAGCAGCGGUGCAGCAGCAGGCAGCAGCAAGGGAGGGCGUGGUGAUGCCAGUUAUCUUUCAACACGAGCUGCUGCAGAACUUCUCCCUCACCAUGUUCUGUAAGAACCCAGUGAAGCAGGUGCAGACGCUGGGCGACCUGCGGCGUGCUGUGAUGCAGCGCAUCGUGCUCAACGCGCUGCAGUUCCGCAUCAACAACCGCUACAAGAACGGCACAGUGCCCUUCCUAGGAGUGGACCUGGAUCACAGCGACAGCGCCAGGGAGGGGUGCACGGUGACCACGCUCACAGUCACAGCGGAGCCGACUGACUGGCAGUCCGCGCUCACCGUGGCCCUGCAGGAGGUGCGGCGCCUGCAGCAGUUCGGCCUCACGCGCGGCGAGCUCGCCCGCUACGUCACCACCAUGCUGCGCGACAGUGAGCACAACGCCGCCAUGACGGACGCGAUCCACUCCAUCGACUCUCUGGAUUUUCUGAUGGAGAGCUUUGCGCUGGGCCAUGCGGUGCUGGACCCCGAGCAGAGCUUUGAGUGCCUGUCCGCCAUCGCGCCGACGAUCGAGCUGGAGGAUGUGAAUGCGGCUGCGGCGGAGGUGCUGGAGUUUGUGGCGGAGUAUGGGAAGAAGGAGGCGCCAAGGCCGGCUGCGAUUGUGGUGUGCGUGCCGACGAGGAUGCACGUGCAGGGGGGCGAGGGGGGGAGAGAGGGCGAGAAGGAGGCAGGGGAAGGGACGAGCGGGAGCGGGAGUGGGAGCGGGAAUGGGGCGAUGGUGCAGAGCUCUUCCUCUGCAGCUGCAGCUGCGGGGGCGGGGGCGGCGAGUGAUGUGGUGUUUGAGGUGACCCCUGAGGCGGUGAGGGAUGCGCUGCUUGCGGGGCUCAGGGAAGACGUGCAGCCCGAGGACGAGGUGGAGGUCCCCCGCACGCUCAUCUCCGAUGCUGAGCUGGCGGAGUUGCAGCAGAAGAUCCGGCCACGGUUCGUUCCGUUUCCGCCCACCGAGGGCAACGCUGCUGACGUGGCGCCGUCUGAGUGGCGCGUGCGGCAGUACAACAAGGAGACGGGCAUCAUCCAGCGCCGGCUCAGCAACGGCAUUCGCGUCAACAUGAAGGUGACGGACAACGAGGCGAAGGGCGGGGUGCUGCGGCUGGUGUUCCCGGGGGGGCGGGCGAAGGAGGACCCACAAGGGGCGGGCGAGGUGGCGGUGGGCGUGCGCACGCUGAGCGAGGCGGGGCGUGUGGGGGAGUACAGCCGCGAGCAGGUGGAGCUGUUCUGCCUGGCGAAUCUGGUGAACUGCAUGCUGGAGGCCGACGAGGAGUGCGUCGCGCUGGAUCUGCACUUCGCCAUGCGCUACGGCGGCCUCAAGGCCUCCUUCCAGCUGCUGCACAUGCUGCUGCAGGUGGGUCCAUGGGUCAAUAGCAGUGGGGACCAUGCGCUGCUGGUAGGAUGGGUUGAUGGGGAUGGGGGUGGUGGGGUUGAUGGUCGUACGAAGUUUGGCAGCCUCAAGGCGUCCUUCCAGCUCCGGCACAUGCUGCUGCAGGUGGAGUGGCUGUGGGGUGAAACGGCGGUGCAUCCGGCAUGGGACGAGGAUGCACUGGAGAGGGCCAAGCAGGCAUACCUUUCCUUCUACAGGUCUCUCCCCAAGAGUCUGGAGCGGCUGACAGCGAGCAAGCUGAUGGGCGCCAUGUUCGAUGGGGACACACGCCUGCUGGACCCUCAUCCCGCCAUUGUGUCCAACCUCACGCUUGACACCGUGCGCCAUGCUGUCAUGCAGCAACUGCUGUCGGGGAAUAUAGAGUUGAGCAUAGUGGGCGAUUUCAGCGAGGAGGAGAUGACGGACCACAUUCUCAAGUACCUCGGCACCGUCACCGCGCUCCCUCCCCCUGCCCACGUCGUCUCGCCCUUCGCCGCGCUCCCCCCCAACCCCGCCUCCACGCCCCCGCCCCCCUCCACCACUGUGCUGCCUCCGCUGCACCCGCCCCCUGUGCUCGCCCUCCCUGGCGAGCCACCCUUCAAGAUGGUCACGUCCUGCCCGCCUGCCCUGCGCCACCAGAAGGUUCUCUUGCGAGACACGGACGAGAGGGCCCGAGCCUACAUCGCAGGUCCGGCGCCGAACCGGUGGGGAUUCGCACCGGAUGGGCGGGAUAUCAACACGAUCCUGGAGCCCAUUCCUCCCGGCUACACAGCAUCGCGAGCAGCAGCAAUGGCAGAUGAAGGCCCGCUGCUGGCGAGAGCGAUGAGGCACCUUUUCACCAUGGGGCGAGGCAACACCCAGAGCCCAAAUGGAAGAGCACCGGGAGCAGCGGGAGGAGGUGGGAGGGGCGAGGGCAGCCUUAUAGGAGACCCUGACGCACAAGCGGUGGCAGUGGCGCCGUUGGGAACAGCAGUGGUGGAGGGGGCGGACGGGCGCAAGUACUGGCACCGGCGCCGGCACCCUCUGUACACGUCUGUGGGCGUGCUGCUGCUGCAGGAGAUCGUCAAUGCACGCCUGUUCACAACAGUGAGGGACGCCCUGGGGCUGACAUACGACGUCAACUUCGAGAUCUCUCUCUUUGACCGCCUGGCCACCGGGUGGUUCUGCAUCAGCGUCACCUCCACACCCGCCAAGAUCCAGCAGGCCGUGGAAGCGUCCCUGAACGUUCUCAGGGGGCUGCAGGCCAACCGCAUCACACAGAGGGAGCUGGACCGGGCCAAGCGUACGCUCAUUAUGCGGCAUGAAUCUGACCUGAAAGAUAACGCGUACUGGCUGGGCAUGCUGACUCACCUGCAGUGCGACUACGUGCCGCGCAAGACGGUCUCGUGCAUCGCGGACCUGCCGUGCAUCUAUGAGAUCACCACAGUGGACGACGUCUACACGGUGUACAACCACAUCCCGCUCGAUGAUAGCAGUGUCUUCACGUGCAUCGGCGUGGCCGGCGCUGUUGGGUCCGACGUGGACUCGGCGGGGAGUGAAAGCGAUGCGAGUGACGCAGAGCCAGUGUCACCAGCAGGCACAAUGAGCGGCGGCCGGGGCGCCUCCCUAAUGACACGACCCACAGCAUGA